GUUGUUCUUGCGACUAUUAUUAACUAAACUACAUUUCGUAACAAUGAUUUCUCCCUAUGUAAGUUUCACGCACAUGACGAAGUCCAAACGGCUGCAUCAACGUUGAUGAACUGUGUGCUGAACUCACAUAGCGAUAGAUUUACAGGAUGAGCGAAAAGAGACUUGGAGAUCUCCGGCUGGACCAGACAGUUUUCUUCUGCUGUGACAUGCAAGAAAAGUUCCGUCCAGCGAUCAAACAUUUUGCCGAUAUACUGCAGAUCGCACAAAGAUUGGUGAAGGCAUCAAAGAUUCUCAACAUUCCACUAAUUGUGACGGAACAGUACCCCAAGGGCCUGGGUGCGACAGUAUCAGAGUUGGAUGCCGCCCAUGCUGUUGGGGUUUUCCCCAAAACCAGGUUCACUAUGUUACUGCCUGAGGUGGAAGAGAAGCUACAGUCUAUCUCAAACGUCAAACAUGUCGUCCUCUUUGGCAUUGAGACUCAUGUGUGCAUUCAGCAGACAGUGAUCGACCUUCUGAAGAAGGACUAUGAGGUUCAUGUUGUUGCUGAUGCGUGUUCUUCUCGUUCUCAGAUGAACCGACUCUUUGCAUUUGAGCGAUUCCGACAAAGUGGCGCCAUUGUGACGACGAGUGAGGCUGUGCUGCUGCAGCUGGUGGGCGACAAGGAACAUCCUCACUUCAAGGAGAUCCAGUCCCUGAUCCGGGAGCUGGGUCCGGAGUCAGGGCUCGGCUGCAACUUGUGAUCAUGGUGAUACAGACACUACAGACCAAUAUUUGGAACUGCAGCUUGUUUGGUUUCACUCCACAUAUACACACUGUGUUUAUAUUUUAGUGAGUACUUUACAAUCAGGAACAGUAAAGUCCCUUAACAGCU